CUUACGUUCCUGACGAUGCGUAAACACAUGGACGUCAGCGCUGCGCGACUUUCGGACGCUUUACAGUGCUGGGCAGCAGGGGAGCCCCUCCGGGCGGAACGCCCGACACAUUCUAAACGUGGGGAAAACAUGCUGAAGUAGUGAUGGAGCCGGAGCUAGUGACAGAGCCUUCUCCGGAGAAGGAGAAGCCACUGCCAGCUGCUGUCAUGGCUAAGAUAGAGCGUAAUAGGCAAAGGGCGCUGAUGCUAAAACAGGCACGGCUAGCCAGCAGACCGUACCCCACUGGUGAUGGAAUAUCUGCCGUGAAGGCUCCUCCAAGGGUUGUAGAUUCAGGUGGAGGAUUUUUUAUAGAAGAAGAAGAAACAGAAGAGAAGAUUGUGGAAAAUGUUGUACAUCAACCAGGUCCAGUACUAGAAUUUGAUUAUCUAUUUUGUGAGGAGUGUGGCAAAGACUUCAUGGAUUCAUACUUAAGCAAUAACUUUGAUUUGGCUGUGUGCGACAGUUGCAAAACGUUUGGAUAUGUUAGAGACACAGAAGAAAAGCACAAGCUCAUUACCCGGACUGAAGCCAAGAAGGAGUAUUUGCUGAAAGACUGUGAUAUUGAUAAACGGGAGCCUGUGCUGAAAUACAUUUUGAAGAAAAACCCUCACAAUACUCACUGGGGAGAUAUGAAACUUUACUUAAAAUUGCAGAUAGUUAAACGCUCUUUAGAAGUUUGGGGCACCGAGGAAGCUAUUGAAGAAGCAAAAGAAGCUCGGCAAGAGAACAGGGAUAAAAUGAAUCAGAAGAAAUUUGACAAAAAAGUAAAAGAACUACGACGUGCUGUCAGGAGCAGUUUAUGGAAAAAGGAAGCCAGUGGUCAUCAACAUGAGUUUGGUCUGGAGGAACAUGUUGAAGAGGAUAUGUACAAAAAGGCUUGCAUAACUUGCGGCUAUGAAUUAAAUUAUGAAAGGAUGUGAUUUUGGUAGAAAAAAAAAUAAAAAAAGAACCAUUUUUGUAUUUGGAAUAAAAAAAUGCAUUAUUGAC